AUGCUUCGCUUGUUUCCUCUCUUCGUGUUGGCCAGAUAUGCCACCGGUGACUCUGGUGAAUCUGGUGAAUCCGGUGACGGCCAAGACAACCGGGUGAACGAAGCCAUCACCAUGCCUGAUCUGGGGCGCCGUUUCUGGCUUGGCGAGCUGUACGAUGUGGUGAAAGAUCAGUCGAUUGGCGGUUCAAUGUGGCCUCUUCAUUAUCUUCGCAAUGACAGUUUUGUGGAAGAGACCCCUGCCCGCAGUGCAGACUACAAGUUCGCCUACAGCGAUUCAAUCCAGUCAAAGAUGGAGCUUUUCAACAUUGACGGUGAGCUUGCCUUCAAGUAUGGAAUCGGCGUUCCAACCUUCGAUGUGAAGGGUUCAGCGGAGUAUUUGAGUAACAAAGCCGAAAGCAAUCUGAAUGUGCGCACUUCCGUGAAGAUGGCAGUACGCACAAAGCGCAGAAGUCUCAACAUUUUCGAUGAUGAGUUGAAACCCAGGCGCUUCACGGAGCUUCCAAAACAGGCAACACAUUUUGUGAGCAGCAUUCUCUACGGAGCAGAUGCCGUGGCCAUUUUCGAACAGACCGCCUCGAACGAAGACGAGAAGUCUGUACUCUCGGGUAGCCUCGGCGGAAAGAUGAAGCUUGCAAUGAUUGAGGCAGAAGCAAGGGUGCGUAUGGAUAUCCGAGAAGAAGAAACCUUCAGCUCCAAAGAGGUAAAAAUCUACCUUCACGGCGAUGUGGUGCCUGGACAGACCCAGGGUGAUGGUCAAAUCGAGGCAAUUCCUACAGACUACAUCGGCGCUUUGGAGUAUUUGUCCAAAAUUCACAUCAGCGCGCUGCUUGAUGGGGGCGUGCCUAUGCAGGUGGUUCUCACCCCUAUCUCAUUCUUGGAUGGUCCCGGGGAGAAGAUCGCCAGGAAAAUCACGAAGGAUCUGGUCAACAAAGCCGUCAACGUUGCCGAAGAGCUCGACGAAUCACUGCGAAUCAUGAAUGACCUCAGUGCGCGAGACAAUCAUGGGUUCAAGUCUUGGACUUGGGGUGUUGAAAGCUUCAAGCAGCAGCUUCAGAACCAUCAACUUGAGUUUAAGGCCAACCUCUCUCGGGCAUUGUACAAGCAUCGAAAGAGCACCAUCCAAAACUAUGUGGUGGAAGCGCUUGACUUCCACUACACAAGCAAUUUCACCAAGGCGGCCGUUCAAAAGUAUCAAGAAGAGCAGUAUGAUGCUUUGCAUUCCAUGUCCAGCUUGGUGAUGCCUUUGGAAGAGGAUGGUGGGGCGACGCUAGCCCGAAGGUUCUCGGAUUACAUGGGACCAACAAUGUCCGCUGAUUAUGACGCAGUUGUCGCUUUGCUUCUUUCUGGCAUGAGUGUUGGUGCAUCUACUCGCUCGGCUAUGGCCAGUGUCCGGCAGUUCCUCGCUUUUGGCCGAAAUACCAUUUUCUCCCAGAAUGGGGCGAAAGUCAAUUGCAAGCGAGCCAUCUUGUCAGCAGGUCGUCCAGAGGAGCAGGGUCCAGGUGCGGAGGAGUGCGUUGAGAAGUACAAGUUAGUUGUUGUCCACUUCGAUUCCUACUGUGAGCAAUUCUGCCCAGGGAAGUGUUCCGUCCCUCCCAUAUGCAAUUCUUCAGCUAGCUCCGACUGGGCUUCCUGGUGUAGCAAUCCCUGCACACGAGUCGUGGCACAUUACAAGCAAGGUCCGGCUGUCAGUGCUGAAAGCCUUUUGCCGCCUCUCCCUGAAGCACCCAGCAUCACUAAACUGGUUGCUGGCCCAAUGGAGGCAGACCCGAACAACCAGCACAUCGAGCUGGAAGUCCAAACGCCUGAAGGCUUCGUCCUUGCCUUGCGUGUGCGAAUUAUUCGCCAUGAGUACUAUUCGCCCGGCAACUCAUGGCGAGUCCACCACCGGACAGUUGAUGUACCGCCAGAUGCAAGGAUUGUGGUCACAGGGUUGGCUGCAGGAGGCUUGUACACCUUUCAAGUUGCUGCUGUGAAUGAAGUUGACGAAGGGCCAUUUAGCCCAGCUUUCCCACCAAGUGCCGUGGAAAUUGCAAGCCGAAAGGCAACCAUUCAGCCUGCACAGGGGGAGCUUACUGCAAGCAAGGAAACAACUGCAGUGAGCUGCAAGGCCAAUUCGGAGGACGCGUUGACCGUGCAGAAUCGUGCGCCCAAUUGGAUUCCAUGGAAAGUCAAAGUGAGCCUCAGUUCCCCGCCACCAGCUAAUGUUCAUCCAGCCGUCAUGGAGUUUACUUCAUCCAGCGGCGAAGGUUUCAGGUGCUUGGGUUUUCACUGGAAUGCCAGCAGGCUAGAAGUCGAAUGCACAAUUCCGUGUCAGAAGAGCAGGCAUCCAAAUCAACUCAACAUGACCGUGUGGGAUUCCAACAUGGCGAGGCAGAUUGCGCACGGAGAGCUUGAGCACCAAGAGAUGUCAGAGACUAGCUGCCGUCGAUUCGUUCCCAAUGCUCCAGUCUUUUGCAAUGUAAGCGACCCGAAGAAACGACGAUGCAUGCCGAGAACCAACGCCUCCCAGCUACAGUGUGCGCAAUGCAAUGAUCCCUUGGCUCCAACGACCCAGUUGGUAAAUCCCUUUCUGUGCACUGCGUCAAACUGUGACCAAGAGCAGAUAUGGUGCCCGUCACUGGGAAUUUGCAUGUCGCAGACCACAUGUGAGGCAGGGUGCGCUUCAGGCAGCAUCGAGCGGGACGUGGGGGCAGGCAAGUUCUGUGCGCUGCCUUGUGUGCUAUCAAGUCUUCCAGAUUCCGUCGUACCUGCGUCCUUCCAAGUUCUAGCUGGACAAAGCACCGAAAUUAAGUGCCUGGACGGCUUUCGUCCGGUGUGGGAUUCAGCCUCCGGCGCUGAAUCAAUUAGUCAGACCCGUUUCGAAUGCGAUGUGGACAACGUCCAGUCCGAAGUUGACGUGAGCCAGCUCAUGCUUGACCUCCCGGAGUGCGUCAAACCUUGUAGUGCAGGAUCCGCUUCCGUUGGACGAGCAAAUGUGCAGCAUCCCGUGAUGCUGCGUGGCGAAACCAAGUUCGUUGACUGUCCUGUCCACGAGUACUACGUGCCGCAAGUCCAAGCCGUGAAACUCCUUUGCAACCCUGACUCUCAGAUACAAGUUGUGGAGUCAAAGUGCAAGGCCAGGCCGUGCGCAGCCGGACAUUUCUCCCUUGGCGGAGGAGUGGUCCAGCAUGGUGAGAUCGCGGUGAAUGCAGCAAAAGAAUAUCCGUGCCCGAAAACAGAUGCGUACAGCGGUGGCACUGUGGAGGUUUUCUGCAACACGGACAGGAAAGUCACAUGGACGGCCGGCUGUCAGGCCGACACGCAGCACAACAAUUGCAAGGCUGGUGGUGGCACUGGAAACAAUUGGCCUAUUCCAGGAAAUUGCAGACGGCGUCGAAACGAAGGGUCCAAAUGUUUUGGACAAUAUGGGUUGUGGGUGGUAGUCGAACGCGAAUACAACAAGGAGUGGUUCGACAAGCGCUCCCUGAGCAAGCAAGAGAUCUUCGAUAUGUACAGAGGCGAGUUUGAGGAGGAUUGCAAGAGGCAGGCUGAAGAACGCCUGCAUAAAAAUGGAAAGACAAAGGAGGCCAAGGUCAGCAGUUGGUCUAUGAGCAACGACGAGGAUGGAAUCAGAAUAUUGGAAGAUCACGGGAGACGCAGGCGGAUGCAGGUGAAAUUCAACACCAAAAUCCCCUGCUUUCCAACGUGGGAGUUCUGCAGCUGA